GGGGUGUUUGAUUUAUGAACCGCCAACUGCUCUCCUGUUGCUUGCGGAAUGCUGCUCUUUCUUCUACUUGGAAGCGUGAAAGCUACUCGCCCUCUGCUUCUCUCCUUGCUCUGGUAAACCGUGAAGCCAAAGAGUACACUUGGAACUGAAAGCAGGAACCAUUUCUUUUCUUCCGAUAUCUAAUGUUAGGGUCUUUUGUGAGGAAAAAGUUGAACAUUCCUUGCUCAACUAAAAUUUCAACCGAGGACCUAGAAGCUGAAAUCUUUCUACAUCUGUUGCAAGAUUACUUGAUGUAUUCUUUCUAUCUAUCUUAAUAUAUGGUAUAAAUUUCUCGCAAAACAGUAUUUAAUGAGCAGAUUGUUCUCGGUAGGUAAAUAAUCACUUAUGAGAUAGGGAGAUUAAUGGCAUGUCCAUCACAUGGAUUUGUUUAAAUACAUGGAUUGUAACAUCUUAUCUUGUGUUGCGAUUGUUCAUUUGAGUAGCUAUAGGGAAACAAAAAAAGGAUGUCAUCAGCUCUAAUUCUGUGCUUUGUGCCUUUCGGAGAUUGAAACUGUACCUCCCAACUAAUGGAAGAGGACUAAUUCUUUUGUGCACUAAAAAUAAUGCAGGAGCAGUACUUGGUUUAGAUUAAAACUGCAGGCUCAUAGUAUGGGAAACUCUGAUGACUCAUCCGUCUUACUUUCUGUUAGGAUUGGAGCAGGAAACUGUGCAAUUUAUAUCUCUCUUCCAUAUAUUUUUUGUGGUUUACUGCAUCAUGUCUGACAUCUCCUGGUUGAUGACAUCUUCUAGUUGAUUUUGCUUACCUUUCUUAAAGUUCUAAUGAGAGUAAGGUGCUUUUCAUGUAGUGAAGAAUCUAAAACUUCUUUGCCCACGUGGGAAUCCUCUGCAAAUUCUGAUGUGCAAGAUAGCCUAGGACUUGGACUUGAUGAGCAGAAGGUUCAAGCUUUUGCAGCUUCAAAAUUCGGGGCAAGAGAACUCCGUUCCCUGAUUUUUAAGGGGGGAGGUUUGAUUACUUUGGCAAAGAUUUCUCAGCUGAUUGCAAGAAGAUUAUCGGGGAAAGUCCUCUUAGAAGCUGCUAACUAUCAGAUAAGAAAGGAAGUUGUCAAGAAAGGCGGACAGUUGGCUGCUAUAAAUCUUGUAUCUCGUGCGGCCUUGCUUGCUGCAAAGAAGGACUCUGAAGAAGAAUGGUUUUUCCGGGUUCUGCUCUUGUUGGGUUCCUUUGCUUGAGGUAGAGUUGAAGUGUAUUGCUUGGUGGGUGUUUGUUUACCCGCGAUUUGAGGUUGAACUUGGAUUUACAAAUUACAAAAUAGGUGGAUUUGAGGUUGAGCUCUGAUUUGCCUAGGCGUUCACUCCCACCUAGUCGACACUAACGCCGCCUCCGACAAGCAAGGUCCGCCGCUGCCCACGAGCAACGUCCGUCACCUCCCACGAGCGAGGUAUAUUUUAGAUCGUGAUGUCUUUUUUCCUCAUGUAUAUUUUCAUUCACGACAUUUAGUUGACAUGAGUGUGCUUGUCAAAGGGCUUCUCAGUAGUACAGGUUGGGAUGAGCUUGUUUAUGUUUGGCAACAUGGGACUGAUCCUAGAGCUCCUUCAAUUAGUAUAAAAAUUUCAUUUUUUGGGGUCCCCUCAUUGAGUUGUGUCAACUUGGGAUCAGGAUUCUGAAUGGCCAAAUUUGAAAGUGUAAUUGUCGUUCUGCGGUUGAUCUUGGUAAAUGACUCGCAAAUAAUUAGACUGUAAAUUAGAUUCAAUAAAGCAGGGAAAAUUUCUAUUUGCAUUAUCAAAA